AUGUCAACCAUUUUAUAUUAUUCACCAAAUUACAUUAGACCAAUUGUCCCACUUUGUCUUGUCAACUAUUUCAAUGCAAAUGUUACUACUGUUGAUAUGGCAACAGAGCAAGAAAAGUUUUCAAAAGAGUUUCCUUUAAAGAAAUGCCCAGCAUUGAUUGACAAUGAGCAAGGUAUUUAUUUGACUGAAAUAAUUGCAAUCUGUAACUAUAUCAUUAAAACAUUUGCUAAAGAGACAAAUGAAGUUAAAAAGUUACUAGGUUAUACCACAUUGGAAGAAUCAGAAAUUUUAAGAUGA